AUGACAGAUAACAGAAACCAUUUAGAUUCAAUCAUUUUAAAACUAGUCAAACUACGAUAUGAACCACCAGGAACUCGGUCAGGCAUUACAGAAUCUGAAAUAAUCGAACUUUGUAUAUCCGUUCGCAAGAUUUUACUAAAGCAGCCUUCACUACUUCGUCUCGAAGCUCCUGUUGUCAUAUGUGGAGAUAUUCAUGGUGAAUUUUAUGAUUUAUUGCGAAUAUUCGAAACAAUGAAAUAUCCUCCAGCUACAAACUAUCUUUUCCUAGGAGAUUUUGUAGAUCGAGGUAAACAAGCUAUCGAUGUUGUUGCUUUACUAUUUGCAUUCAAAAUCAAAUUUCCAAAUAAUUUCUUUUUAUUACGAGGUAAUCACGAAAAUUGGAAAACUAAUUAUCAUUAUGGAUUCCUAGAAGAAUGCAUACUGAAUUACUCUGAGAAAAUAUGGAAAAUAAUUAAUGAAGUUUUCAGAUGCCUCCCUUUUGCAGCAAUCAUUGACGAUCAAAUAUUUUGUGUGCAUGGAGGCAUUUCUACAUCAAUUAAUUCAUUAGAAGAAAUUGAAGACAUCAAAAGACCAAAAGAUGUAUCUUCUCAUGGAAUAAUCGCCAACUUCUUAUGGUCAGAUCCAAAUGCAAAUUUGCUAGAUGGAAAUUGGAUUCCUAGCGAUCGUGGAAUUGGAAUUUUAUUUGGACCUGUUGCUACAUCCAGGUUCUGUCAAAAAUUCGGAUUUUCACUUAUAGUUAGAGCUCAUGAAGUAGCCCCUCAAGGAUAUAACUUUCCUUUCCAAAAUGAUAAAUCCAUUUUGACGAUUUAUUCAUCUUCAAGUUCAUCUGAGUCAAAGGGAGCAGCUGUAUUAAGCAUAAGCGAAGAUUUACAAUGUACUAUUAUAUCAUUACCGAAGUUUGAAAUCGAAGUUCAAAAUGAACCUAUAAGAACUGAAUAG